AUGUGGUAUGUCUCCAGGAAUUUUUUUUUUUUUUUGGGUUCUUUUUUUUGGCAAGGAAAAGUGCUGUCAAGGGUAUAAAGAAAAAAAAAAGGCACUUUUUGAUGCUGCAUCUGUAAAGGUGUUGUAAUCUAGACCCCGGCAAAGCUUACUAACUUAACUGCUCAAAUAGUGGAAUCUUUGGUUACGUGAAUUUCCUAGUUGACAAGUCGAGAGGAGAAAUAAUCGAUAAUCUCAUUGAAGGGUUGCAGAGAUUGGAAUAUCGAGGUUACGACUCGGCCGGGUUGGCAGUUGAUGGACAUCUUGUCAAAGACGCUCAAGAUGACGAGGAAUACAUGGACAGUAUCAUUGUCAAGACCCCGGGCAAAGUCAAGGUUUUGAAACAGAAGAUGGUUGAUGACGAGAUCAACAGAAGCGACGUGUUUGAUAACCAUGUCGGGAUUGCUCAUACCCGUUGGGCGACUCAUGGCCAGCCAAAGACGGAAAACUGCCAUCCUCAUAGAUCAGAUGCGUUGAAGGCUGAGUUUAUUGUGGUGCACAAUGGUAUCAUCACCAAUUUUGCUGCGUUGCGCAAGUAUCUUUUGUCCAAGGGGCAUCAGUUUGAAAGUGAAACCGAUACCGAGUGCAUUGCCAAAUUGUUUAAGCAUUUUUAUGAUUUAAACUUGAAAGCUGGCGUUUCUCCAGACUUGAACGAAUUGACCAAGCAAGUCUUGCACGAGUUGGAAGGCUCCUAUGGCUUGUUGGUCAAGUCAUACCACUACCCCGGUGAAGUUUGCGGUACUAGAAAGGGAUCGCCAUUGUUGGUUGGCGUGAAAACCGACAAGAAAUUAAAAGUUGACUUUGUUGACGUUGAGUUUGAAAGCCAAGGUGCUCAACAACCAAAUGGUCAUUUGCCUUUGAUCAAUGGAACUAGCUCUGCCGACUUGGGUUUUAUCCCGGUUGCUCCUGGUGAUUUGAGAACUUCUCAAUCGAGAGCUUUCCUUUCUGAGGAUGACUUGCCCAUGCCAGUGGAGUUUUUCUUGAGUUCCGACCCUGCUUCCGUGGUGCAACACACAAAGAAGGUUUUGUUUUUGGAAGAUGACGAUAUUGCCCACAUUUACGAUGGUGAAUUGCACAUUCACCGUGCUUCAACCAAGAGUGCUGGUGAAUCCACCGUGAGACCAAUUCAAACUUUGGAAAUGGAGUUGAAUGAAAUCAUGAAAGGUCCUUACAAGCAUUUUAUGCAAAAGGAAAUCUUUGAGCAACCCGACUCUACAUUCAACACCAUGAGAGGUAGAAUUGAUUUUGAAAACCGCACGGUGACCUUGGGCGGCUUAAAGGCGUUUUUGCCCACCAUUAGACGUUGCCGUAGAAUCAUUAUGAUUGCAUGUGGAACAUCUUACCAUUCAUGUUUAGCUACAAGGUCGAUUUUUGAAGAAUUAACCGAAAUCCCAGUGAGUGUUGAAUUGGCUAGUGAUUUUUUGGACAGAAGAUCACCCGUUUUCAGAGAUGAUACAUGCGUGUUUGUCUCGCAAUCGGGAGAAACUGCCGAUUCCAUAUUGGCAUUGCAAUACUGCUUGGAAAGAGGUGCAUUGACCGUGGGUAUUGUUAACUCGGUUGGUUCAUCUAUGUCGAGACAAACACACUGUGGUGUGCACAUCAAUGCAGGACCUGAAAUCGGUGUCGCGUCAACCAAGGCUUACACAUCGCAGUACAUUGCCCUUGUGAUGUUUGCUCUCUCUUUAUCCAAUGACUCCAUUUCCAAAGCCAAGAGACACGAAGAAAUCAUCCAAGGAUUGGAAAAGAUCCCCGAGCAAAUCAAACAAGUGCUCAACUUGGAAGAAAAGAUUAAAAAAUUAUGUGACGACAACUUGAACGAUCAAAAAUCGCUUUUGUUGCUCGGUAGAGGCUACCAGUUUGCCACUGCGUUGGAGGGAGCUUUGAAAAUCAAGGAAAUCUCAUAUAUGCAUUCGGAAGGUGUUCUUGCUGGUGAGUUGAAGCACGGUGUUUUGGCGUUGGUUGACGACAAGUUGCCGAUUAUUGCCUUUGCCACGCGAGACUCGCUUUUCCCCAAGACCAUGUCUGCUAUUGAACAAGUCACCGCGAGAGACGGAAGACCUAUUGUUGUAUGUAACGAAGGAGAUGCUAUUAUUUCUAAUGACAAGGUACAUACCACGUUGGAAGUACCUCAAACCGUUGACUGUUUGCAAGGAUUAUUGAAUGUUAUCCCUGUGCAAUUGAUAAGUUAUUGGUUGGCUGUUAAUAGGGGAAUCGAUGUUGAUUUCCCUAGAAACUUGGCCAAGUCCGUCACCGUUGAGUGA